UGACCUCAAACACACAUCAGUCAUCCAUUACCAAAUCUUCAUCUAUCAAAUUAUUAUCUAUCAACAACUUUCUGCACAAAUCCAUAAAAAUCCAUGACAAUGGAAAGGAAAUACUACAACAGCGAGUUCCUCUUAAGUCUCCAGUUUGUCCGUGCCAGUAUGAUCAAACCCCAGAACCUCACAAAUAUGACUGAUGUAGUCCUGGACCAGGUGAACAAGACUCCACUGCCACCUGCUGAUGAAGCAUCAUUUAAUCCUGAUUUUACUUCCUCAUAUUUAAAUUCUGGGAGCAGCUCAGUGGGACCGGAUGAGAGCGAGGAACCUGGGAAAACCAUGAGCAUCAUGUCUGAAAAUAAUAACAUCAAAUUCCACAAGGCUGAGAGUGCAUGGAGGCCAGCGGUGAAGAAGUCCACUCACAAAGAAGAUGAUCAUGAAAAGGCCAAGACUCAGGAGCUGUUCAGGUGUGUGCGCUGUAUCCUCAACAAGUUGACCCCUCAGAAGUUCCAGAAGCUGAUUGAAAAGAUGAGAGAGCUGAUGAUUGACACAGAGGAGAGGUUGAAGGGAGCCAUUGACCUCAUCUUUGAAAAAGCAAUCUCAGAACCUCACUUCUCUGUGACCUACGCCAAAAUGUGCCACUGCCUUAUGGAACUGAAAGUCCCCUCUUCUAGGACACCAGGGGUUAAUGCAGACUUCCAUAAACUGUUGAUUAACCACUGUCAGAAAGAGUUUGAGAUGGACAAACGUGAUGAUGAGAUCUUGAAAAAGAAGCAAAGGGUGUUGGAAGCUUGCAAAAAUGAAGACAAGCGUCAGCACUUGAAGGAGGAGCUGGAAGAGGCCAGAAACAAGGCUCGCCGCCGCUCACUGGGAAAUGUGAAGUUUAUAGGCGAGCUCUUCAGAUUGAAGAUGCUGAAAGAGCCCAUCAUGCACGAGUGUGUAAAGAUACUACUAAAGAAACACGAUGAAGAGUCUCUGGAGUGUCUGUGUAAGCUGCUCUCCACCAUCGGGAAAGAUCUGGACCAUUUAAAGGCCAAGUCUCACAUAGAUAAGUAUUUUAACCAGAUUGGCAAGAUCAUCAAAGAAAGGAAGACCUCAUCCAGAAUCCGCUUCAAGCUGCUUGAUCUCAUGGACCUCAGGAAGAGUAACUGGGUGCCUCGAAGAGGAGACCAGGGUCCUAAAACAAUUGACCAAAUCCACCAGGAGGCAGAGAUGGAGGAGCACAGGGAGCAGAUCAAAGUCCAGCAGCAGCUCAUAUUCAAGAAAGAGGAAGGUGGAGGCAGAAUUUGUCGAGACAUGUGGUUCCGAGGCCCUCGCAGAGCAGGAAAUGACCGAGCCACACAGUCACGAGAUGGUAGACGGAACAUCAUGGACAAACCCAACAACACCUAUGUCAUGAAGAUCACAAACCUCGGAGCUCUGGACUUUAACAAUCCGCAGUUGGUUCAAAGAGGCAAACACAUGCAGGAAGUUUGGACCAAAGGCUGCAGUGGAGGAACUGGAACUAAACCAGGAAGUAAAGAUCAUUCCUCUGUAAGGCAGCGGUCUGAUUCCAUGUCUUCAACAGACUCAAGUGGUGAAUGGGGUGGAAACAGGGAUAAAAGCAACCACAAAAGGGAGCCAUUCAACCAAUCUCAUCACAGUGAAGGACAGGAAGACCAUGACGACAGAGAGUCACAGAAGCAAGGAGGGAGGAACCAUGUCUCACCUGAGCCUGGACACCAUGUUGUUCCCCAGCAACAGAGACAGAGGAGGCGGAGACGGAGAAAACAGAGACAAGAGUAGAAGCUAAGUACGAGAGUGCCCCCCUCCUCGUUCUUCUCUUGGGUACAAUGGAUAAUAUACAUCAUGUGACCCUUCUCCUGAUGUUCUCCUACACUGGUCUUGGUCUUGACUUGGUCUUGGUUCCUCAAAGUCUUGGUCUUGUUCGGUCUCGCUCAUAGACCACAGAUAAAAAAAAUUUUGUCUUCCAGGUUCUUCCUUAAGCGGUGGUGAUGGACAGACUGAUAGAUGAGGUUAGACAGGAAUCUCUAUGGACGAUGAUGUUUGCAGAUGACAUUGUGAUCUGUGGUGCGAGCAGAGACCAGGUGGAGGAAAAGCUCGAGAGGUGGAGAUAUGCUCUAGAAAGGAGAGGAAUGAAAGUUAGUCGCAGCAAGACAGAAUAUAUGUGUGUGAAUGAGAGGAACCCAAGUGGAACCGUGAGGCUACAGGGAGUGGAGAUACAGAAGGUGGAGGAUUUUAAGUAUUUAGGGUCAACAGUCCAGAGCAGUGGAGGUUGUGGAAAAGAGGUGAAGAAACGUGUUCAAGCUGGUUGGAAUGGGUGGAGAAAAGUGUCAGGGGUAAUGUGUGAUAAAAGAGUAUCAGCCAGAAAGGAAAGAUAUACAAGACAGUGGUGAGACCAGCGAUGCUGUAUGGUCUAGAGACAGUGGCACUGAGGAAAAGACAGGAAGCAGAGCUGGACGUAGCAGAGAUGAAGAUGUUGAGGUUCUCUUUGGGAGUGACGAAGAUGGAUAGGAUCAGGAAUGAGUCAAUCAGAGGAAUAGCACAUGUUAGAUGUUUUGGAGAUAAGGUCAGAGAGGCCAGAACAGAGGAGGGAUAGUGAGUAUAUUGGUAGAAGGAUGCUGGGGUUGGAACUGCCAGGCAGGAGGUCCAGAGGAAGACCAAAGAGAAGGUUUAUGGAUGUAGUGAAAGAGGACAUGAAGUUAGUUGGUGUGAGAGAGGGGGAUACAGAGAACAGGGGGAGAUGGAGGAGGUUGAUUCGCGUUGGUGACCCCUGAAGGGAGCAGCCGAAAGGAAAAGAAGAAGAAGAAGUCUUCCAGGUUCUUCCUCAAGCCAGAGAGGUAAUGACAAUGUAUUAAAUAGCCCCAAGGGGGCAACUCUGUUGUUUGGACGGAAGUGUAAGUGAAA